AGGAUCAAAUGCAAUGUGUAUGAGAAACCACUUUCCUCAAUUUUGUAUAUAAAACCCUAGCUAGAGAAGUAAUAUAUGCAAUUACAUUGUAUACCAUAUUAGCUAAAAAUGGUGUUCCAGAAAGGCUCUGGUUUGAAUCUUUCGGUGCUGGUUGUCGACGAUGACGCGGUUAUUCGGAAAAUCCACUCCAUGUUACUUGAGAAUUUGGGGGUAGAAGUUCAGGUCGCUCUAAAUGGACAACAGGCCGUUGAGCUCCAUCGUCUUGGAUCAUCUUUUGACAUUGUUCUGAUCGACAUGGAAAUGCCCGUCAUGAAUGGUCCUGAUGCGACGAAAGAGCUGCGAAAGAUGGGGGUUGAUUGCUUGAUUGUUGGAGUUACUUCCCAUGCUUUGUCCUUUGAAAAGGAAGCUUUCAUAGAAGCAGGAGUCAACUUCUGUUUCGCAAAACCAUUGAAUGUUCAGAAGUUAGGUUGCAUCCUUCAAGAGCUUAGCAAGCCACACAACUAACUUGGCUAGCGAAGAUAAUGGACUUAUCUGUGAUUUUCUUUUUUCUUAUGAGACCCAUGAAAGUUUCUUUCUUUAUUUAUAAAAUGAAAACAAAAAUCGAGUUUAUUUGGCCCUGCAUAA